AUGCGUCUCAGGUGUACACGGUUACACGGACCCUCCUCCUCCUCUCCUCCGUCCUUCCCGUCCCCCUUUCCCUUCCUGCUUGUGUUUGUUUGCCCUCCACUUGAGGCCGGCUCUCUAGGGUUCACUGUGCUCGUCUUCUUCUUCCUCGCCGCCAUGUGCAUCGUCGUCCUCAGGAUCCGGCGCAUCCGCUACCACGGCGAGCUAGGUGGACCCACUGUGCCGAAGUACUCGUCAUCGGCCUUUCUGUUCCUUCUGUGGGUCACCUACAUCGCCUGCGCCUGCUGGAAGUCCUCCGCCGCGGGGGAGGGCAAUGACGGCCUGGCGGUUAUACUCGCGGUGAUGGGCGUCUGCUGCUGCACCCUCGCGGCCGGGGCGGUCGUCGAGGCCCGGAGCAGGCUGGGGCUGGGCUCCGGCGGCGGGCAGCGAGCGUCGACGAUCUCCGUGCGGGUCACCCCGCCCGCGGAGGCCGCCGCCGCCGACCUCGAGGAGGGCAGCGGCGACUGCGCGGCCGCCAGGGGUGGCAGCACGGCGGUUGCCGAGAUGGCCUCCGAGGAGGAGCCCGGGCGGCUGCCCCCGGGGGCCACGAGGCCCUUCCCCGCGCACUGGGGCGAGCCACCCCGAGCGCUCACCCGGGAGCGCCGGGACUGGCCCGCCGGCUUCGGCCACGGCAGCGGCACGAUCGCGAAGUGGAUCGAGGGCAACCUGGCAAGGGACGGGCAGGAGUGCGCAGGCGCGGCCAAGGGCCCGAAUAUCCCCAAGCUGGACCUCCCGCUCCCAGACCCGGAGGACGGGGUACCGGCGGAGCUAUGCGACGACGAGGCGCCCGCACCGCCGGACCCCACAGCAUCGGAGCUGGUGAGCCAGGCCCUCGACUCGGGGAGCGCGAGCGAGCCCAG